AAAAAAAAAAAAAAAAAAAAAAAACGAAAGAAGAAGAAGAAGAAGAUUAAUACUACUAUAUAGUUUUUCUUUCCCUACUGUCAUUUUAAGGUACUGCGUUCCAUUGAUAAAAAAGGAGAGGAAAAAUGCGAUUCCUCCUCACCAAACGCCUCUCUCCUUACCUUCACCAUGCUACGGCUUCAGCAUCACCGUCACCAUCGUCUUUACCUCCUAGUCGUAGAUAUGCUUCUCUGAUAUCGGUGGCCCUCACUGAUGAUAGACGAUCACAGCCGUCGGUUCACCACGCAUUCCGACGCGUCCUCGCGGCUCCAUGGUCCGCCAUACAGUACCGUGGUCUCAAACUUCGCGGCUCCGAUGUGAAACCAGGACAGAUCAUCGAAAAACGAGGGGUUUCUCAUACAUCAGGCAAAGUUUACGAGGUUUUAAAAGCGCAGCAUUCCUGCCAAGGAAGAGGAGGAGCUGUUAUACAGGUGGAACUUCGUGAUGUUGACAGUGGAAAUAAAACAAAUGAAAGGCUUCGUACAGAUGAGGCUAUUGAAAGGGUAUUUGUUGUACAAAAGCCCUAUAAUUACCUGUAUACUGAGGAUGACAUUAUCGUGCUAAUGGAGCCUAAUACAUUUGAGCAAGUGGAUUUGCCAAAGGACAUGCUUGGUGAAGCAGUUGCAUAUUUAAAAGGGCAUACAAUCCCGAGACUUGAACAUCAUCUUCAUUGCCAAUCCCUUGCUUUCCCAUUAAAGAAAAAGGGCAAAGAGCCAACAAUUUAUGACAUGAAAGUCAAUGUGCAGCUGUAUGAUGGAAAACCGGUGUCUGCAUCCAUUCCUCAACGGGUGACAUGCAAAGUUGUGGAAGCACAAGCUCCAAUAAAGGGGAUUGGAGCCACUCCUCAUACCAAAAAGGUUUUGUUGGACAACGGUCUCACUGUUCAAGUACCACCUUUCAUAUUAGCCGGUGAAGAAAUAGUUAUUAAUACUUUGGACAACACUUACAUGACCAGGGCAUAGGAGUAAUUUUAUACCCUGCCCCAGAUUGAGACAGUUACGCGCCGUACUUGACCAGAGUUUUGCAGUUCUCUCUAAUGGAAUCACUACCUAUACCCACUAUUGUUUGUUUGUGCAAAUGAUUUGGAAGCUUACUAUUAUACAUUUAUAGGUUGAGAUAUAUGAGUAAUUUUUAUACACUAUCGUAAUAGAAUAAUGAGGAGAGAAAAAUCUCAUUUUAGCAAGAAAUUGCUGUUUCACUAGAAGUGAUUAGCUCAAGUUGGUGGAAAAGCGUGGAAGAUAGGCAUGACAAUUGUCUUUUCUAGUCAUGUUUCUACAUUUGUGGAUGCCAUACUGAAUGAAAUGACCGUUUUUUGGAC